AUGGCAUCGAACCCAACCGAACCUGCACCAGCCACACAACCUGCUGUUACAGAAGAUUCCCCACCACCACAGCCUCCACCAGCACCAGCACCAUCUGCAAUCCCGAACGGCACUCCUGCCGCUGCAGAAGCUGUGCUCAAUGCUGCUACUCUACCUAAUGGCUCUAUUCCUGAUACGAAUGUUUCAUCCACUGCAGCCAAAUUAUCUAUAAUGAGCAAAUUAUUGACUAGAAAAAACAAAGUGCACGACGCCACAUAUGCCGAACGCACGAACGCCCAACAAGAAUUUAUGCAGAAAUUUUCUGGUCCAAACCAAGCUCCUGUAGAAGAUAAUCCUGACGCACAACCAUCUGAGCCGGAAGGUUUCUAUCAAAGAUGGAAAAAGAAGUACUCAACUUAUGUAAUCGAUCCUUCGGAAGAUAGUUAUUAUUAUUGGACCUUAACGGUGUCUGUUGCUUAUGCUUAUAAUCUCGUGGUAGUUAUUGCUAGACAAGCAUUUCCGGAUAUGAUUGGACCUAGAGGAACGUAUAGAUGCUUUCUUAAAAAUGGUUUGAAUGAUAAUGCUACAAGACCGUGUCGAGAAAGUGAUGAUUAUUUACGAAACAUGAACCGAAUGCCUUUCUUAGAACAUGAUUUAUCCGCUGGCUGGCGAGAAUAUUGGUAUGUUCGCUUGAUUUGGAUAUGUUUGGAUCUUAUGGCUGAUUCUGUAUAUCUGAUGGACAUGUGGAUUAGGGGUCGCACAGGUUACCUCGAGCAGGGGCUUGUUGUAAAAGACACAGACCAAAUUUGGAAGCGAUAUAAAGUAUGCUUCCAAUACAAACUAGACCUUUUUAGUAUGAUUCCCCUUGAUUAUUUCGUCGGCUGGCCUGUGCCUUUUUCUCCGAUACCGUCUUUGCCCAUUCUGCGGUUGAAUCGUUUAAUACGGAUCAAUCGAGUUAGUGAUUGGAGAGAAAGAACAGAAACCAGAAGUAGUAUACCAAAUGCGUUCCGGGUAGUAUGUGUUGUUAUCUACAUCAUUGUUAUAAUCCACUGGAAUGCUUGCCUUUACUUUGGAAUAUCGGAAUGGAUAGGAUUAGGCUCUGAUGGGUGGGUGUAUGGUAAUUUGAACAAACAGAGUUUGCCAGAUGAUGUUAUGGACACGCUUAUGCGACGUUACAUUUACAGCUUUUACUGGUCAACUCUUAUAUUAACAACUAUUGGUGAAGUGCCUGGUCCAGUUCUUAACCUCGAGUUUCUUUUUGUUACUGCUGACUUGAUGUGCGGUGUCCUCAUUUUCGCUACCAUUGUCGGAAACGUCGGAAGUAUGAUUUCUAAUAUGUCUGCUGCACGAACAGAAUUUCAAAACAAAAUGGAUGGUAUAAAACAGUACAUGGAGUUGCGGAAAGUUAGUAAACAGCUAGAAGCUAGGGUUAUCAAAUGGUUUGAUUAUCUCUGGGCCAACAAGCAAUCUCUAUCUGAUCAACAGGUUUUGAAGGUGUUGCCAGACAAAUUACAAGCUGAAAUCGCUAUGCAAGUUCAUUUUGAAACUCUCAGAAAAGUUAGAAUUUUCCAAGAUUGCGAGGCUGGUUUAUUGGCAGAGUUAGUGUUAAAGCUUAAGCUGCAAGUCUUCUCGCCUGGUGAUUACAUCUGCCGCAAGGGUGAUAUUGGUAGAGAGAUGUAUAUCGUUAAACGGGGAAAACUUCAAGUUGUCAGUGAUGAUCCAGUGAAGGUAAAAGUGUUUGCUAUUCUACAGGAAGGCUCUGUAUUUGGAGAGCUGAGUAUUUUGAACAUAGCUGGUAGCAAGAAUGGAAAUCGUAGAACAGCCAAUGUUAGAUCUGUCGGCUAUACAGAUUUGUUCGUUUUGAACAAAAACGAUUUAUGGAAUGCACUUCGAGAAUAUCCAGAUGCAAGAAAACUGUUGUUGGUGAAAGGUCGAGAGCUUCUACGGAAAGAUAACUUGCUUGAUGAGAAUGCGCCAGAAGAACAACAAACUGCAGAAGAAUUAGCCGAGCAACUGAACAAUCAUGUGAAAGUGUUGCAAACCAGAAUGGCUCGUUUAAUUGUCGAACACACUAGCACAGAAACGAAGCUCAAUAAACGUAUCGAAAUGUUGGAAGUCCAGCUUAGGAAAUAUCGUAGCUUUGCUCGAAGACAAAAAAGUUUGCAAGCUAGCUCUUCAGUAGAUAGAACGCUGGAUGAUGAUGAUGAUGUAUGA